GUCUAAUUUACCCCUCACCACAUAACUUCAACAAUCCACAAAAACAAAAACACAAGGGCGAUGCAAGCUAGCUAGCUAGGCUAUGCCGCAUGCAUAUAUCUUCUUAAGAAACUACAAAUGACACAAUAAACACUCCUACGUACAUGCAUGCAUGCAUGCAUGAUAUGAUGAUAAUUGAUACUCGUACACAGCAUGAAAUGAGGCUUCAAACUCCGGUGGGUGAGGCGGAUGGGGUGGGUGUUGGUGGGGUGGCUGGACUGGGUGUGGGUGAUGGGGUGGGACUGAUAGGUGUGGGAGUGGGCGGAGGGGGCGGGGGCGGGGUUGGCGUGGGUGGGGAGGGUGGGGGUGUAAUGGGGGUGGGUGGGGUGAAUGGGAAAGGUGGGCUCAUGAUGGAGGCGCCGGAGAAGCAGCCGGAGACACAGUUGAUGUUGUCGCUGCCGCAACCGGUGACACAGCCCAUGGAGUCGAUCACGGCGGUGGCGCUACACUGGAUGGCGCAAGUAAUGGCUCUCUGCCCACAGUUGAUGAUGCACUGCCCCACUAUCUGCGGCUGCCCGCCACCUCGCUCCACCAGCAGCAGCAGCGCUAUGGCUAUCACCAUUACUUUUUGCUCCAAAGACGACAUUUUGAGAAAUCCCAUCAAGUAGUUUAUAAAUGGUAAAAAGGGAUGCAUUAUCGGAGGCUGAAA